GGAUCGACAACGUUCCGUUAAAGCUCCCUUGUAAUGUUUACUUCUUUGGAACAACGGCGUGUGCUGCUUCGUUAACAGUAUUGAAUCAGAUGCGGUAUCAGAUGUCGGAUACAUCUUUUUCUCAGCCAACCAUACGUUAAAAAUACGUUAUUGUUUUGGCUGCGAGCGCGAUCGGGAGAAUUAGCGGUUCAUUCUGCGCCAGAGCUCUGUGUUCAUGAUGGCGAUGUUCCGCAGUUUUGUGUCCGCCGCUCAGGUCAGGCAGCAUCAGCAGCAAAACGGAGCCGCAGCAGCCGCACCUGGGGAGAGUCUGGAGAGCCAGUUCUCCUGUCCCAUCUGUCUGGAGGUGUACCACAAACCUGUCAGCAUCGCAAGCUGUGCUCAUACUUUCUGUGGGGACUGUCUACAGCCGUGUCUCCAGGUGACAUCACCUCUCUGUCCACUCUGCCGCAUGCCUUUCGAUCCAAAGAAAGUAGACAAAUCCUCUUGCGUGGAGAAGCAGCUUUCUUCAUAUAAGGCACCGUGCAGAGGGUGUACCAAAAAAGUCACCCUGGUCAAAAUGAGGUCACAUAUCGCAUCUUGCACAAAGGUUCAGGAACAGAUGGCCAACUGCCCAAAGUUCAUGCCUGUGGUCCCCACCUCACAACCCAUUCCCAGUGAACACCAGGAGAGCACGAAGGUACAUUCACCUGACAACUCAUCACCAAAGAAGCGCAAUAUUCCAAACCGUUCCACAUUUGUGUGCCCGUACUGUGGCGCUCGCAACUUGGACCAACAGGAACUAGUGAAGCACUGCAUGGAGAACCAUCGCAAUGACCCCAACAAAGUGGUUUGUCCAGUAUGUUCAGCUAUGCCCUGGGGCGAUCCUAGUUACAAGAGCUCCAACUUUCUGCAGCAUCUUCUCCACCGGCACAAGUUUUCCUAUGACACAUUUGUGGACUACAGUAUUGACGAGGAGGCAGCACUGCAGGCAGCUCUGACCCUAUCACUCUCUGAGAACUGAGAGUCUGACAUCACAUCCUGUUCUAUAUACACCGCCAUGUGACGGAUUUUUCCACCUGUCUUGUUUUAGGCUAAAUAUUCUCAUUGUUUCUCCAUGCCUACUAUCACUCUACCUCUCUUCUGCUCUGUAAUUCUGAGCUAUACCCAUGAUCGAUCCUGAAGUGACUCUUUACCUUGUUUGUCAGUUCACCAUAACACUUGAGCAAGCUUGUCACUUCCUGUACUGUAUGUGGACUGGACAUGACAUUACAACAUGAAUGCAAAAAGAGGCGCAAAAAGGAAUAGAUCACAUAGAGUUUGCUUCAGUUCUUCCCUAUUUUUCUCUCUUCAAAUGUGUACAGACAGCACAGAAAUACUGGAAAUGAAGUGUAAUUCAGUACAGCGAUACUUUAUAUGUGUGUGUGUGUAUAUAUAUAUAUAUAUAUAUAUAUAUCGGAUGCACCGAUAUGACCAUUUUUGGCGAUACAGAUACCGAUUAUAACAAAAAAACAUAGGCUGAAACCGCUAACGAUAUUGGACUGGAUCUGUUAAACACAUGACCGGCCACAUUUUUUAAGAGACCCACAAUGAAAAAAUAUCAAAACAUGAUAACAUGAUUGAUAUGAAAAAUUUUAUUUUGUACUUUUAAAACACUUUUUUACACUUCUGUUUUUUCAGUUCAAAACAACAGAACUCACUUUUUACAUGUAUGUACUGUAUAUGAUAGAACAUUACAAAUUCAUAAUAUGCAUACGUUGGGCAACUCCAUGGAAAUGUCAACCACAUCAUGGAAAAAUAAAAAGUUUCAACCAAAGGAACAAAACCCCCUUUUGAAUUCUGUAUUAUAGUGGUAUAAUGGACAAUGGAUAACGCCAUUCAGACCGCUAGGGGGCGCCGCUUGCUCACACAACGAUGAUUGAAGCGCUGAAUGCAGAAAUGCAACCUUUUAAGUUUUAGAAAUCAUGCAAGGCCAUAUUGCAAUUUCAUUCUUAAAUCAGUCAAUCAUGCAGCAUUAAUGGAUAUCAUACCGAUGUCUCAGAAGGGAAAGUGUGCUGGUUACAAAGCGUUUUAGAUGGUUUCCCUCAUCAUGUAGCCAUCAUGUGCAUUUAAAUUCACAGAGUUUUUACAAAGUGUGUUACUAAUUAAUUAUAAAUCAAUCAUCGUUUUUCAUAUUGGUGUUUUCCUGCUUAUUACCGAUAUGCUGAUGGUUUUAAUUUGGUCAGUAAUUGGCUGAUAAAAAUCGGCAGCCAAUACACCAGUGCGUUCCUAAUAUAUAGUGCAUUCAGAAAGUAUUCUGCGCAUUCACAUUUUGUUAUGUUGCAGCCUUAUGCUAAAAUGCUAAAAUCAAUCUACACUCCAUACCCCAUAAUGACAAAGCAAAAAUCAGAUUUUUGAUAACUGCAAUUGUAUUAAAAAGAAAAAAUUGAAAUAUCACACUGACAUAAGUAUUCAGACACUUGAAAUUUAGCUCAGGUGCAUCCCAUUUCUCUGGAUCAUCUUUGAGAUGUUUCUACACUUUGAUUGGAGUCCAUCUGUGGCAAAUUCAAUUGAUUGGACAUGAUUUGAAAAGGCACACAUCUGUCUAAAUAAGGUCUCACAGCUGAAAAUGCACAUCAGAGCAAAAACCAAGCCAUGAGUUCAAAGGAACUGCCUGCAGAGCUCAGAGACAGGGUUGUGUCGAGGCACAGAUCUGGGGAAGGCUACAAAAAUGUUUUGGCUGCAUUGAAGGUUCCCAAGUGUACAGUGGCCUCAAUAAUUCUUAAAUGGAAGAAGUUUGGAACAACCAGGACUCAUCCUAGAGCUGGCAGCACUUGGCUUGAUGCCAGCCUCAAUCUGAUAAGCUAAACAUUUGUGGAAAUAUGCGCGGCUGCGCGCUCUAACGUAACAUAGGUUAACAACACGGAGACCAAUAUAAAAGCUGGUAAUAUUUCCAGUACGAUUGUACAGUAUGAUUGUAGGUAGACUUCGUCCAUCAUGCAUGUUAACACCGGCUUAAUCAAACAAUAACUAUGUUCUGUGUAAGUUGUCAUGAAGCACUAAGCUACAUUUUCUGAGAUGUCAACAGAAAUGUAUGUGUUUAUAAUAAAGUGUUAGAACAUAUGUGACAGUUAUGGGCGCUUCAUAUCAAAUCAAAGCUGAGCUAUUUGCUUCUUGCAUUUUCAACUACAAUGACAUUUUUCUCAUCUGGACUCUAUCUGCAGGUGUUUGAUUUUGUUUGAUUGUACAAAUUGAUUGAUAUAAUAAAAAUAAUUUCUAGAUAAACAUGACUAUUUCUAGAUAUUGAUUUCUAGACAUCUUUCUAGAUGGACUUGAUUUAGAUAAAAAAUAAUACCUAAAUUGGCUUUGAGGUAUUUUGUAGUUUUCUUAUUUUAUACUAUUAUUUCUGAACAUCAGUGUUAUUUUAAAUCAAUUAGAUUUUAAUUUAUUUUACUUUUAUGCUGUUGACAACUUUCUGUGUGUUGCACUUUUUUUGUGCAUUUCUGUUACACACCUUUGUUUUCUAUAAUGAACAAAACUUAGAUUUUCUAACCAAGGUCACCUUGCAUUCUAAUAAGGAACAUGUUAUUUGAAUCAUGUUGGAAUUACUUUUUUUGAAAAUUACCUUUAAAUGUAGGAAAAUUGAAUCGAGAAUCGUAAAUCGUCCUUAAGUUUGAAAAAAAAUCUAGAUUAGAUUUUUUUGCCAUAUCGCCGAGACCUAGUGGGGGUGUUUUUCAGCAUCAGGGACUGGGGGACUGGUCAGGGUUGAAGGAAAGCUGAACGCAGCAAAAUACAGAGAUAUCCUUAAUGAAAACCUGGUCCAGAGCGCUCAGGACCUCAGACUGGGCAGAAGGUGCACUUUCUAACAGGACAAUGACCCUAAGCACACAGCCACGACAAUGCAAGAGUGGCUUAGGGACAACUCUGUGAAUGUCCUUGAGUGGCCCAGCCAGAGCCCGGACUUGAACCCAAUCGAACAUCUCUGGAGAGACCUGAAAAUGGCUGUCCACCAACGGUCCCCAUCCAACCUGACAGAGCUUGAGAGGAUCUGCAGAAUGGCAGAAAAUCCCCAAAUCCAGAUGUGCAAAGCUUGUCGCAUCAUACCCAAAAAGACUUGAGAUUGUAAUCACUGCCAAAGGUGCUUCAACUAAGUACUGAGUUAAGGGUCUGAAUACUUAUGUCAAUGUGAUAUUACAUUCUUUUUUAUAUAAAUUUGAAAAGUUAUCAAAAAUCUGUUUUUUAAUUUGUCAUUAUGGGGUAUGGAGUGUAGACUGAUUAAAAAUUAAAGCAUUUUAGCACAAGGCUGCAACAUAACAAAAUGUGAAAAAAAAUGAAGGGGUCUGAAUACUUUCUGAAUGCACUGUGUGUGUGUGUGUGUGUGUGUGUGUGUGUUUAUAUAUAUGUGUGUGUAUAUAUAUAUAUAUAUAUAUAUAUAUAUAUAUAUAUAUAUAUAUAUAUAGUACCGCUGUACUGAAUUUUAGUCUGUUUAUCACACAAAGCUAUCUUAGUGCUUUAGAAGGAAUAUAGCACACAAAUUGAAUGGAUCUUGUUUUUCUUCUUCUUCUGUAACAUGACAGCAUUCAUUAUAUUGAAAAGAUCAGUUAGUGAAUUUACCUUUUGUGUUCCAUGGAAAAAAGUUAUUGAUAUUGGUUUGGAACAUCCAAACCUUUAAAAACUGGAACAGAGCUGAAAAUGAGCUGUUUAGGGUUGGCUGUCCUUGUGGUGAACUCUCAUCUCUAGGCAAUACCAAUACCGAACAAAGAGAGAAUGAGAGACUUCUUUGGCAUUCUCAUUGUUUCAUCAUUUAUGGAACGCUGAAACCCAUCAAGCCCCUUUUUUCAAGAGUUAUUAUGAAUACUUGCACCAUCAUAGUUUUCUACAUGUCUAAAUUCUAGUAUUGUUGUUCUUUUAUAGUUCAAUAACUGAAUAAUGACAAACAGGACUGCAUACUCUGCUCUUGCUACAGUAAUAUUUUCUAUGAAGCGUCAGAUAAGAUAAAGUUAUAUUUUUGAAAAAAGUUUCAGUUUUAAAUGGUGCACUAAUAAUAAAACGGCAGGCUUCUAGAGAUGUGCUAAAUGUAUGUAUUCAUUGGUACUGUUCGUCUGUAUCAGUCACUAGUGCUGCCUUCAAGUCUUCCAGGGAAGUUCGUAUUUGUGAGUUCGGAAAUCGUAAUCCCGACGUGAUGUGCGUUGAAUUGAUUUUGUUUGGAAUGAAGUAAACAUGUUGGGCAAUUUCGUAUUUAUUUCACUUUUUCACUUCACGACAAAGACAGGAAGCUUUUAAAGCGCUAGUGCAACAAAAUUAAGUACAAAGGAUCCACAUUAGUUGGUGUCCAAAAGGGUCCAAAAUUAACCAAGUGAGAGUAGAAUAUAUCCCAUUUAGAAACGUAAAGUCUUUGGCUAGUAAAUAAAAUGGUGUUACUGGCCAACUGGCUGGUAACUCUUUUUAGGAAUUGGUAUAAAUAAAAAUAAUACAUGGUUGAAAUAUAUUAACAAAUCUCACUGACGUAAACAAAUCAGAUCAAAGAAAUACAAAUGGUUGACUACGGAAAAGCUCAGCUCUGUCAUUACGUCAUGUAACAACUAUUACCUCAAUAGAAAACGCUCUUGAUGUUAAGGACCCAAAACAAAAAUAUCAAAAAUAAUGCAAAUUCGGCUGUUAAGAAAAAUGUAUGGCUGGUUACGUUUCUAUAUUCAUUCGCCAUUGGCAAGUGUGGCCAAAAGUUAAUUUUGGACUCCUGGUGAUUGCUUUUCCUCAUUAUUGGUACACAGUAUGCGUAUAAACUUAAUUUUGCGUACAAUCAACAUUCACAAUUACACCUUCUGAUCAAUACUUAAUACAGUAGCUUCCACCAUUAUUUUUUAAUUGACACGCCCUCAAACCAUGAAAGUCAGGGCUCAAAGAGUUUCCCAGUUGUAAUUAUAACUUUGUGGUUGCAUUCAUAUCCGCUCAUCUUGUAAACACGAUAAUUCCGACAUGACUUGAAGGCAGCACAGUUAUGGGAAAACUUAAGACCAUCCCAACAGGAAGUGGAACAGUGUGCAGUUGCUAAACCUGACCACUAGUUGACAGUACUACUUUGGCCAGCAGGUCAUUCAGAGUGCAAAUUCAACUUCAACUUUUAAUUUACUACUACUGUUGGGUAGUUUCUGUACUUUGUAAGUGUUAAACCCAAGUCUAUAUACAGUGUUAGGAGCACAGAAGCAUAGAGGAGGAUCGGCGUCAUAGGGUUAGGUAUUUUGUUUAGGAAUCUAAUGUUCCACUUUAUGAAGAUACCUACAAAUUCUUUCCUCAUCCAGUUUUCUCAACCACAGUGUGUAAGAUGUGCCUGGAGCAGACAGUAAAGGCCAAAACACACACUACGCAAGUACGUGAAUGCAGAUGCGAGCGCUUGGCCACCGCAUUGCCAAUGCGUGGCCCAUUUGAACAUGCUUAACAUGCAUUCUUGCGUUACCACCGUGGGAACAAACCUCAGUACACAAGAGGGCGAUAGAGUUACCUUCAAAAGUCUGUGAAGUUAAACUGGGUGUGUUGUUAAUCAGGUAUGUUGCUAUAAAUAUAUUGACUUGAACAAUAUUGUCUUCAAUCUGUUGCUCUGCCAAGACAGUAGUUGGAUCGUAGAAGCAGGCAGUUCACACUUAUCUUGCCAUAGCGCCCCUUGUGGUAUUGUUGAGAAUGCAACGCGUACCUGCGCAUUGUUAUGAAUUGCAGCCUGACACAUUUUGGGACGUUUUGACACCACGCAGGAAAUCGAGCUUGCAUGGCUAGAAGCGUCUGCAUUCACGUACUUUCUCGCUUGAUGCAUGUUUUUUUUUUAGAUGCCAUGUCAAUUUAAAAAUAACUUUUAAAAUGCAUCCUGUGACACCUACAUUCUUUUCCAUUUGUUGCACUCCGUCAAGCUUUUUUAGACAUAAGGACUCGUUCGGUGUAAACAGGAUUGCAGUGAUGCAUAAAAUCGAGCUUACAAAGCUAGAAGCAUUUGCGUUUACGUACUUGCAUAGGCUAUGUUUUGGACCUAGAAGGACAUGCUCCAAGCAUCUAAGUUUUCUUGUUCUUUCUAUGGAGUGCUCAUCACCGAGCACUAAGGCAGAUAAGUUUGAUGCUGGUGCAUCUUUUUCCAUUUUAUAUAGCUAUGAUAACUUUGUCAGAUAUAGAGGUUUUGAUAUUUUAAGAGUCAAUCUUAACAGAAGAGUGGAAGACCAUUAGGGAUGGUUGGAAUAAGGUGUUUUUAAAGUUACAAACUUGUUUUUAUUAUUAUUUAGAAUAUGAUGUUUCAACUUGUAAUGCAUUUAUACUGUGUUGAUAAACUGUGUUUGUUUAAUCUGUCUCAAUAGAACCAUUGUGGUUAUUUCCA